AUGGCCGCCCGAGCCCCCGCCGCCGCCCCCGCCGUGAGCCCUGCGCUGCGCUCCGCGCUCUUCGUGCUCAACCUCCUCGGCUGGGUGGUCUCGCUGGGGCUGGUGGCCGUGGGGCUCUACGCGCGGCUGCUGAAGCAGGCGGAGGCGGCGGUGGCGUGCCUGGCCCUCGACCCCGCGCUGCUGCUGCUGCUGCUCGGCGUCCUCGUCUUCCUCGUCACCUUCUGCGGCUGCGUCGGCGCCCUGCGGGAGAACAUCUGCCUGCUGCAGGCGUUCUCCGUCUGCCUGACUGUCAUCUUCCUCCUGCAGCUGGCAGCCGGCGCGCUGGGCUUCGUCUUCUCUGACGGGGCGCGCGGGAGGGUGAGCGAGGUGAUCAACGCAGCCAUCGUGCACUACCGGGACGACCCCGACCUGCAGAACCUCAUCGACUUCGGGCAGAAGGAGUUCCGCUGCUGCGGCGGCGUCUCCUACAGGGACUGGUCCCGGAACGUCUACUUCAACUGCUCCGCCGCCAACCCCAGCCGCGAGCGCUGCUCCGUGCCCUUCUCCUGCUGCCUGCACGACCCCGGCAAGGGCGUCAUCAACACCAUGUGCGGGCAGGGCGCGCAGGCCAGGAGCUACGCGGAGGCCAGCGCCUCCAUCCACCCGUCGGGCUGCAUCGCCGAGCUGGCCGGCUGGCUGCACCGCAACCUGGUGCUGCUGGGGGGCAUCGCCCUGGCGCUGGCCCUCCCCCAGCUGGUGGGCAUCGUGCUGGCCCGGGUGCUCCUCAGGCAGGUGAAGGACCAGGUCCAGCGGCACCACCGCGCCGAGCCCUGGCGCUGA